CUUCCAUCUGGGUUCCCAAACGCGCUGCCACCAUGUCCACCCACCGUCUGGUGAUCGUUCGUCAUGGCGAGAGCACAUGGAACCAGGAGAACCGCUUCUGUGGCUGGUUCGAUGCAGAGCUGAGUGAGAAGGGGGCUGAGGAGGCCACGCGGGGGGCCCAUGCCAUCAAGGAUGCCAAGAUGCAGUUUGACAUAUGUUACACAUCUGUGCUGAAGCGGGCCAUCCACACACUCUGGACCAUCCUGGAUGGCACUGACCAGAUGUGGCUGCCCGUGAUCCGUAGCUGGCGCCUCAAUGAACGUCACUAUGGGGGUCUCACAGGCCUCAACAAGGCAGAGACAGCUGCCAAACAUGGAGAGGAGCAAGUGAAGAUCUGGAGGCGCUCCUUCGACACACCGCCACCCCCCAUGGACGAGAAGCACCCCUACUACACCACCAUCAGCAAGGAUCGUAGAUACCUGGGCCUGAAACCUGGAGAACUGCCCACCUGUGAGAGCCUUAAGGACACCAUUGCCAGGGCCCUGCCUUUCUGGAAUGAGGAGAUCGCCCCUCAGAUCAAGGCUGGCAAGCGGGUGCUCAUCGCUGCUCAUGGCAACAGCCUGAGGGGUAUAGUCAAGCACUUGGAAGGGAUGUCUGACCAGGCCAUCAUGGAGCUGAACCUGCCCACGGGGAUCCCCAUUGUGUACGAGCUGGAUGGGGCACUGAAGCCCACCAAACCCAUGCAGUUCCUGGGCGAUGAGGAGACCGUUCGGAAGGCCAUGGAAGCUGUGGCAGCACAGGGCAAGGCAAAGUGAGGGGUGGGCUCUGGGCAAUAAAGGUGCCUUCCC